CCGAGCUCUCGACCCUGGUAGUGCUUGGCGGUUCUGCGCCAUGACCCUGAAGCGCUGUGAAGGAUUGAUUGGCGUUUUUUUACUCCAAUGUCUCUCCCUCAAUGGCUCAAACAUCCAUGAACCCCGCCACAGUCGCAUUCACAUUGCGACUUUUUCUGCGAAUAGCUUGAGCUCCACCUCCGUUGGCAUUCUUCUGGCCCGAGUCAGCACGCCAUCACUUUACUUGCUCUCCAAGUUCCAAGUUACCAAGAGUCUUGGAGUCUUGCCCGGUCCCUAAUCCUCGACAACCUUGACCCGUCGGCCGUCCUCCCCUCGACCCGCUUCUCCACAUGUCAGAAGUCUAACCCCCACCCGUCAGAUCGUUCCACGCUCCAUGUUGCUCUUCCUUCUCUCUACAUAAACUCGGGCAUGUCACUCUUCCUUGAUAGCCGGCGUGACUGUUGAUCGUCGUCACACAAGGAUACCUUUCCAAGAUGUCUUCAAUCGCAUCAAUAGUUACCAAAACGGUAACAAAGACAGCAGCAUCCACUACUGCCACUUCGACAGACCGUGCAACCCCCCAAGGAGGAAUCUUGGAGGGCGGAAAUCCAAGCAAAUAUGACCCCAAAAACCCCAUCAUCCUGUUCAUCAUCCAGGCAGGUAUCAUCAUUAUUUUCUGUCGACUUCUUCACUACCCAUUAUCCAAGCUACGACAACCACGUGUGAUAGCAGAAGUCAUUGGUGGAAUCAUACUCGGACCAUCAGUUAUGAUGCGAAUUCCUGGUUUUCAGAAUGCUAUAUUUCCAAAUGCUUCAAUGGCAGGACUGAGUUUGGUAGCUAACCUUGGGCUCGUUCUAUUCCUUUUCCUGGUAGGAUUGGAAGUCAAUAUGCGGAUGUUCUUAUCCAAUUGGCGUGUCGCUUUGAGCGUGGGUCUUGCAGGAAUGGCAUUGCCCUUUGGUCUGGGUUGUGCUAUUGCAUGGGGACUUUUCCACCACUUCCAUGACGAGCCUGAAACGGUACCCAUCGCGUUUGGUGUUUACAUGUUGUUCAUCGGAACUGCAUUGUCGAUCACGGCAUUCCCAGUCCUCUGCCGGAUCCUCACAGAACUCAAGCUCCUCGGUACACCUGUUGGAGUUACUGUUCUUGCUGCAGGUGUUGGCAACGAUGUAACGGGAUGGAUUCUUCUGGCACUUUGUGUCGCGCUAGUCAACAAUGGUUCGGGACUCGUGGCGCUUUAUGUCCUCCUGUGUUGCUUUGGAUGGAUCCUCUUUCUGGUUUUUGUCGUCCGCCCUGGAUUCAUUUGGAUGUUGCGCCGAACAGGUAGUCUGCAGAACGGACCAACGCAGGGCAUGGUCGCUCUUACCCUUCUCUUAGCACUUACUUCUGCAUGGUUUACAGGUAUUAUUGGGAUUCAUCCGAUUUUUGGAGCUUUCCUUGUUGGCCUAAUUUGCCCUCAUGAUGGUGGUUUUGCAAUUAAACUUACGGAAAAGAUUGAAGAUCUUGUGUCCGUUCUAUUCUUACCGCUCUAUUUCGCUCUUUCUGGUCUUAGCACCAAUCUGGGUCUACUCAACGAUGGACUCACUUGGGCAUAUGUUGUUGGAGUCAUCACGGUUGCUUUCGCUGGUAAGAUUAUUGGCGGCACUUUGGCAGCCAGAGCAUGCAAGCUAGUAUGGCGAGAGUCACUAUCAAUCGGUGUGUUGAUGAGUUGCAAAGGUCUUGUGGAACUCAUCGUGCUCAAUAUUGGACUAUCAGCCAAAAUUCUCUCCACGAGGACUUUCACCAUUUUUGUCGUGAUGGCACUUAUCACCACCGUCUCAACUACGCCACUUACAUUGUGGUUAUAUCCUCCAGCCUAUCAGCAAAAGCUCGAUGCAUGGAAGAGAGGUGAGAUCGACUGGAAUGGAGACCGUUUGGCCCCUGAACAAUUGGAAGGCGAGAGCACUCCCGAUCCACCUAUCGAGAAACUUCAAACCAAAGAAGUCAGGAGACUUCUCGUAUACCUCAGACUUGACAGUCUUCCAAGUCUUUUUACAUUCAUUUCUCUCCUUGGAGGAGAUCGAUCGACUGUUUCAACAAAGGUUCAUCGAUCCAAGUCUGACCUUGAGGCUGUACCUGAAGAUUCAGCUAGCUCUACGACUGCGCUAGUGAAUAAACGCCCACUUGAAGUUCACGGGCUUCGUAUGUUGGAAUUGACGGAGCGUACAUCUUCAGUGAUGCAAGGUUCAGAAAUGGACGAACACGCUUACCGAGACCCAGUUGUCAACGCCUUCAGAGCGUUUGCACAGUUGAACAAUGUCGCUGUCUCAGGAGGCGUUUCUGUAGUGCCAGAAUCAUCCUAUGCCGAAACGUUGACAAGUCAGGCUUCAGAUCACUUCUCAGACCUUGUUUUGAUUCCGUGGAGCGAGGGUUCGGAUGAUAUUCUGGGGUUGGAUACCAUUGCUAGCGGGAUCCAGGAGGCUUUUAUCCAGAGAACUCUCGAGACAGCCACCUGCAAUACUGCCGUGUUCUUUAAUCGUGGAUUUGGCGGCCAACCAGUCUUUGAGUCUCGCUCUUUGAGUCGCACCGUCAGUGGACAUAGUCUACGGAGUAGGACGAGCCACCAGACACCCUUACCGCCUAUUGUCGACCGAAGCCAUCACGUCUACUUCCCAUUCUUCGGAGGUGCUGAUGACCGUGUUGCUCUACGCUUUGUUCUGCAACUGGCACAGAACUCCAAUAUCACGGCUACGAUCAUUCACUUCAACAUGCCAAUUCAAUCUGGGCCCAAGAAGCCUUCUUCGGUGCAAGUAAACGAAUCGUCAUCAGGCUUGGGCAAUUUGUCAAGGCUUGACAUCACUGAACGGAUCGAUACAGAAGCUCUGUACGCAGGUGCAGCUCAGGAUACAGCUCUGAUACACUCUCUACGCGAUUCUCUUCCGAUCGCUUUGGCGAAUCGUGUUGUAUUCGUCGAGGUAGCGACUACGGCUCCUAUCGAUGAUUGCCUUGCCCACGCAAGACAAGAGAUUGGACAGUCUCCCAGGAAUGCAGGUGAUUUGAUCGUGGUGGGCAGAGGACGACAUUCUCGUCUUGCUGACACCAAUGAGAAUGUAGCCAAUGCAGAAAUGAAGAAGACGCUUGGUGUGAUUGCCGAGACGUUGAUCUCCGGUGGCGUGAGAGGUAGUGUGCUUGUCAUUCAAGCUGGUGGAAGAGGCCUUGAUGCUUGAGAUGAGAUAUAGAGGAGAUAUUGGCACUGGCUAGAGGCGUUUCUUUGGAUUUGAGAGUUGAUGAUACCUUCGUUGCGAGACCUGCUGGUCUUUGGAGUAUAUUGGAAAGGAUCUCCUCUGAGAGAUGGUAUUUGGGUCACGAAUGCAUGAGAUAUGGGAAUUUUCAUAGCGGAUAUGAUGAUAUGAAUACACUUCAUUGGGUUCCCCCUUGGCUUUCACUCUUCAUAACCAGGACAUGUGCAGGAGCAUGAUCUAAAUAAAAUCCGGUUCACCUCAACAGCAAUGCUACCUCACAAUACACUUGUGUCUCAGACAUUGAAAGUCAUUUUUGUUGCUCAUCGCAC